CUCACUCUCACACAACGCUGCGAGCAGGAGAGGAAACGGCCGGAGCUUUACUGUUCGGGGCUACUACUUUGUUCUGCUUCAGGUCAGAAGCAGGAUAACAUCUCCACUACCAGGGACUGUUUGCCUAAGACAUCUCAUCUUGUGUCUGUUGAAUUUGGGAAAGAACAGUUCAUUGCUUUGGGGUUUAUAACUGUUCCCACUUGGUACUCAAGACGUGAAGUAUCUUAGUUCUGUCCAGUCAGUAACGGUGCUUUCCAAUGCACAGUGGCUGUGCAGCCAUGUACAAGAGCAGCUACUCCCAGCCAGCAUUGGGCCUGGCAGCCAAGAGGACCAUUAAGAAGCCUCAAGGGAAGAGCUGUGGUUACUACAUGAGGCUUGUCUUCCUCUUCUCUUCCCUGAUCCAGUCGCUCAUCAUUGUGAGUCUGGUUCUCUUUCUGGUCUACGGGAGGUCUUCAGAUGCAGCCACGGAGGGCCAGAUGGCGAAAAUGGAGAAGAGCUUCACCCGCGUCUCCAUGGACAACCUUAUCCUCCAGCAGCAGAAGAAGAACCUGACCCAGGUCCUGAACGCCACGCAGACCGAGAAGAAAGGUCUGGUCAAGGACCUGGCCAAAAUAAAUGAGCUUCUAAACAACUCUUCGAUGAUCAUAAACAGCUUGAAUAGACAACAGAGUCAGUUUGAUGGCGAAAAGAGAAACCUUGAAUAUGAAAUUAGGAAACUACAGACCCAAACAUCAAUAUAUGCUCUUCCAUGCCAAGACUUAAGAAUGACCUCUCAGAAGGAGUUGAACCUACUGAAGAACAACUUCACUCACACAGUCGAGCACCUGAAAGCAGAGUUGGCAAAUACAGCCAAGGACAGGGACACUCUCACCUUGGAGACAAUAGCCCUCCGCAGGGACAAGAAGUCCUUGGAGGCAGAACUGGAAAACUACAAGAAGAAAUGCAAGCAGGACUUUGUCCAAUCCCUGGACGGGAUCUCUAACGUCAGCCGAACCUUCCUCCAGAAGAUUAACAACCUUGUGCCCAAUAUCUGCCCUUUCAUGAUCACCUGUAAAACGCAGAGCGACCAAUUGAACCUCAUUCUCAACAACUGUACAAGCCUGUCCCGCGAGGUAGAGACCAAGUUUCAGCACUACCUGGACAACGUGGGCACCCGGGUGUCUGAGAUCCAGAGCAUCAGUGCCCGGCUGGAAGCACAGAAAGCCCAGCUGGCUGAGGACAACAGCUGGUGCAGCCAGAACCGCAGUGCCAUGGCUCGUGAGCACAGCAUGACGCUGCAGAAGAACCAGGAGAAGUAUGACACGGAGAAAGAGAGGCUGAUACUGGACUUAAAAAAGUUGCAGGGGGACACCGCGCUUAAGGACGUCCGCAUCAACAUCCUGACAGAACAAACCAGGAACUACAACGCCACUCUAGCCAACUGUGUUCCCAGGACUAGCGUGGGUAAUCCAUUGACCAAUCCGGGACCAGGUGGAGUAGGGACAGGUAGAAUAGGGCCAGGUGGGGUAGUAACAGGUGGGACAGGAGGAUUGCCUGCACUGGGUAACACAGGGAUGGGUGGAGCAAGGCAGAGUACACCCGGGCAAGGGACCAAGUUUGGGAGCAUACCUGCAGUGUCAAACAGCUACACCAGGAUGGGCAACACCGGAAUGGGCGGCGCCGGGUCAAUUUCAGCAGGAUCCAGUGGGACCGGAGUUGGCAACACCAUGUUGGACAAGCUGUGGCCAGGUGCGACGCACGGGGUUAAUAGAUCGCCAAGUGGGACAGGACUGGGCUGGCCCGGGUCAAGUGUUGCAAUGUCAGGCGGAGCGAGGACGACCGGAGUAGGCAUGGGCAACCCAAACAGUUACAGUUCAGCAACUAUCAAUCAACACUUACGAGAGCUGCAGAAGUAUUUAAACCCUAACUCUGGCAAAGAAGUAUCUGGCUAAUCCAUGAAAUCCACAGUGGGUUGAGAAACAAGACCCUCUGCUCAGUCUAAGGACCCAGUAUCGUCAUGUUGAGUUUUGGUAUGACAAUUAAACGACAUUUCUUAACAGCAGCUAUAUUGUAAUAUAUUAUAAACAAAGAUUUGCUGUACUUUGUAUUCCAUUAUUCGACAUAAAAUAAUAUUAUUUGAAUCUGGAAAAGGCUAAUAAAAGUAAUAGAUAAGCUUUUUCAAUGUGCUGUAUAUACUUGUAUAAAACAUUCUUACAGUCCUUAUGUUAUUCUUAUGUUACUCUAUGGCAUUGUUACUGUAACCAUGGUUCUAUGAAGGAGCUCUAUGUUUAUAGAACUAAUUUAAAUGUCACCACUUCCAUUUAAGAAAAGAAAUAAACAUACUUCACCCAAAAGGAUA